AUGGCUGUGCAAACUUUAUUAACUACCGAGGAGAGCAAUGUGACAUUGAGGAAGAAGAUGUUGGUACACAAUAUUAGCGAUAAUGUAAUCCUACCUUCUGAUACUGCCCAGGAGACCACAUCAGUAUCUACUCCAGCUAGCUCAGAAUUAGGAAAAGAAACUACAGACAUUUUUUCCGAUGGUCUAACUAUUGAUGAAACCUUGUUAUCAAAAAGUAUGGAUUACACAAUGACGGAAGUUGUCUCUAUUCAGGACAUGAGAGACAUCAUAGAACAGCUACGAAUGGACCUUGCCACAACACAAAAUGAACUUGAAAACAUUAUUCUAGACAAUAACGACCUCCGUUCACAAGUGACCAAUCUUAUCAAGGAAAAUAACACAUUAAAGGCUUUUCUAUCCAAAACACCACCAAAGAAAAGUAAAUCAAAUUGUAGCACCAAAAAGAAAAUUAGAAGUUCCCCACGAUAUUCAGAUGUAAAUAUAAUAGCCACACCGCCCAGGGCAUUCAGUGACAACAAGACAGAGGAAUUCUCUAACAGGAACAUCCUAACCCUCGAGAAGAAUCUUAAAGAUCUCGAGCUGCAACUGAAGUCAGCCAAAAAUGAAAUAGCGGACCUUAAUAAUCAAAUCAUAACCCUUCAAAAGGUAGUCCAAGCUAAAGAAUUCGAAGAAUCCUCGCUAAUUCAGCACACGAUUAAUUUAAACUCAGAAAUUGAUAAAACAUCUAUAAAUUAUAUGAUAAAAGUUGAAAAUGAUAUAGCACGCGAACCUUCAAAUUUUUGGAAAUACGUGAAAGAAAAACGAAAGAAUAGACAACAGAAUAAGGAAUUUGUGUAUAAUAAUAGAAUUUUAGAAGGGCAGCAAGCUAUUGAUGCAUUCGCGCAGUAUUUCAGCUCAGUUUUUCAACCUGAUACUCCAUUGUUAAAUGUAGAGGCAGCGGAACGCGAUGCAAUGUACGCGGACUGUGUAACCAAAGCGUACUACAGGGCGAAAGGGGAAGAAACUGCAGGGAUAGCGUAUCGGGCUCGGAUGCAUUGCGUUUUUGCUGAGCUGGAGCCAUCUAUUCCUCUCACGAAACAAAACCUGGCAGACCGAGUUUGGUACAUCAUGCGCUCGAAAAUAUUUGAUGAUGCCGAGCUCGAACGACUACGACGUGAGACCAUUUCCUCAUCGUAUGAAUUGGCUAUGGCUGAGGAUAAGGCUCCUCAGACGACAGACCAGCAUCCAGGCGUGGAAGCCGCCAUGGAUCUUCCAGUUGUGGUUGAUUCGGAAGACGAUGAAUCUAGGAAAAAUGAGGAGUAUAUUGGAAGAGGCGAUUUUGGAAACGCGCAUCAUGCCUCUCAAUAA